CUUCCCAACGAGCUACUGAUGCUCAUCGUCAACGAUCUCGACUCGCAGAAGGAUCUCAAUGCCCUCUUGCAGUCCAACUCUCGUCUUUACCACACCUUGAACGACUACCUCUAUGACUGCAACGUCCGCCACUGCCAAUCCUCUGCGCUAUGGUGGGCAGCCAAACAUGGUUCCGAAUCGACUCUUCAGAGACUCAUUGAAGCUGGCGCGGAUGUUCGAUGGAAAUCGCCCUUCUUGCCCACACCUCAGCUCGGAGGAAAGACCGGCUCAACCCCAAGCAGAGAGAUCAAACAUCAAAAAGAACAUCCGAUCUCAUAUUCUGCAAUGAACGGCCAUGAAGGGUUCUCGUCAAAGCUGCUUGACCACGGCGUGGAUGUUGACUACAAAGACCCCGACGGUCGAACUCCGCUGUCGUUGGCUGCCCGUGCUGGACAUCUAGCUGUUGUCAAGAUGCUUACGGAGCGAGGAGCCUGCCAACAAUCCCGUGAUAUCUUCAAUCUCACACCCAUAGGAAAUGCCGCAUCUCAAGGACAAUAUGUCGUGGAAGACUUUCUAUUGCACGAGCUUCACAAGUCGGAGAUGCCCAGCGAGACAAUCGAGGCUGAAAUGAAGACUAUGCUCAUGUACGCUGCAAGAAGAGGGGAUGACGAACGAAUUCGGCAAAUGAUGGAUAUGAAUGUCGAUGUCAACUGCCAGACACACAUCGAUAGCUGCACGCCCUUGUGUGCAGCAGCAAAGGAUGGACAUGCCGACACAGUAAAGCUUCUUCUCGAGCAUGGUGCAGAUCCC